AUGGUACCCGGCUUGCUCCUUUUCAUGUACCUGCUGUCCAUCGGCCAUGCCUCCCCUCGUCCUGCCGACAGAGACGAAGAGUGCCCCGCCUUGGCAUGCAAAACGACUAACGAAUGCAUCGAUUGGACUGAAAGGUGUGAUGGUUUCAUAGAUUACCUCGACGGCUCGGAUGAAGAGUGUACGGCUCCAGAUUGUUUGUCGCCCGACGUUUUCGGCUGUGGCAUUGUCCGCCGCUGCCUCUCUCUCGCUGUGGUAUGUGACGGUAAUAAUGAUUGUCCAGACGGUUCAGAUGAAGAAAAUUGUACAGCGUGUCCCCUGCCCAACUACUUCAAGUGUGAUAGUGGUGAAUGUGUACUCCAAGGAUUGCAGUGUAAUGGUGAUGAUAAUUGUAAAGAUGGUUCAGAUGAAGAAGAUUGCAUCAACAAAGAGUGUUACAAUCCCGAUGAUCUUAAGUGUGAAAGUGGUAAAUGUGUCCCCUCACACUGGCUGUGUGACGGUGCUGAUGAUUGUGGAGACGGUUCAGAUGAGAAAGAUUGUAUAAACAAAGAGUGUUACAACCGCGACGAUUUCAAGUGUGAUAGUGGCGAAUGCGUACACAUGCCACACUGGCAAUGUGACGGGGGUGAUGACUGUACAGAUGGUUCAGAUUAGGAAAAUUGUACAGCGUGUCCCUGGCCCAACUACUUCAAGUGUGAUAGUGGUGAAUGUAGCUCUAUGUAG